AUGGGGGAUGAGACGACAGAAGACGGCCGGCGUCCGUCAAUGUACGAUCCAGCUCGGGACAUUUUUGCAAAGGGACAGGAACAAGACAAGUCGGCAGGACGCGAUACAACUACAAGCGACACUUCUGAUAGUCAUGAACGAGGAACAGCUCCUAUAAUAUCCCAGGCCAUUCCAAGCUCACAUCAUGACCAUCUCCCUACCACCACCGACGCUCCACCUUCAACCGUAACAGAACCAGUCCAAGCCAAGCCUGAAGUGAAAGUUGCCUCUAAGCCAAGUGAAGCUGUGCAUCAGGAUAAGAAUCGUUCUUCCGCCAUUGAAAAGAAAUCAUCGCCGCGACCCGCACAUCGUCAAAGCUCUUCCUCAACUCCUUCAUCAAAACUACCAACAUCGCGAACACUAAUGUCUGACUCGACACAAGAUAAUCAGCCGGAGAGACAAGACCAGGAUGGCACUGCAGCGGCCCAUCCAACUCCAUCGACAUCGGCGGAGAAGCGAAAGCCCACAGAAAAUGAACCUGCUGCAGAUACUUCCAACCAAGGAGGCAGGCAGCAUCAUUCGAAGCGAAGACGCCGUGAAGAGCGACCUCAAAGAACUCCCCGACGUGAAGGUCCCUCUGCCUAUUCCCGUCGAGACCGCUCACCACAAGGUCGAUCGCGUGAGUCACGAAAUUCUCGCUCGGUAUCACCCGUCCGCCGGGCGGCUGAUUUUCGAAGAUCUCGUUCGCCACUUCCCCGUGAACGAUCCGUAACGCCUGAAGCCGAAGCUCGACAGAGGAAAAGACCCGGUGGUGGAGCGCGUUUGGGAACAGCCGGGAAGGAUUUGCUUAGACGCCGUCAGGAAGAGAGAGAGCUCGCGCAACAACGAGAUGUUGAGAAAGAUUUACGGGACCGCGGCGUUCAUGAUGUGGUUCGCCAACACUACAAUGCUGUACCUGAGCGAGGACGAGAAUGGCGAAAGACAGAUAGUAAGAUCAAGGGACUACGAAGCUUCAACAAUUGGAUCAAGAGUACCAUUAUACAAAAGUUCUCGCCAGACGAGGAAUUUCUGUCAAGCAAGACGGGUACCAAGGAAUGGGCUGCCGAUGCUGGAGGUCCUCCAGUUGAUCGGAAAAAGUUGUUGGUGGUUGAUCUGGGUUGUGGCAAAGGAGGUGAUCUUGGUAAAUGGCAGCAGGCUCCCCAAGCAGUCGAUCUCUACGUUGGACUAGACCCUGCCGAGAUUUCUAUCGAUCAAGCUCGAGAACGAUAUAACAACAUGCGGAAUCAACGAAACCAACGAAACAGACGUGGAAAUCCUUUGUUUCACGCCGAGUUCUAUCCCAAAGACUGCUUUGGUGAAUGGUUAGGAGAUCUUCAUAUCAUACAAGAAGUGGGAAUUGAUGCUAAUGUCGGUCCUAACGCUAAUCUCAUGAAUGCGCGAUGGGGUGGUGGUGGAUUCGAUGUUGUCGUCAGCAUGUUCACUAUGCAUUAUGCCUUUGAGUCCGAACAAAAGGCACGACAGAUGCUUCAAAACGUGGCCGGCGCCCUCAAAAAGGGCGGACGUUUCAUCGGCGUUGGACCAAACUCGGAUGUGAUUAGUGCCAAAGUUGCCGAAUACCAUAAAGAGCGUAAAGCAGAGAAGGAGGCCCAACCCAAAACCGAAGGCGCUGCAGAGGACGGCGAGGUGGAGGAAGAAGAGAAGCUUGAAUGGGGUAAUAGUAUCUAUCGGGUGCGAUUCCCUGGUAGUACUCCUGAAGAUGGGGUAUUCCGUCCGCCGUUUGGUUGGAAGUACAGCUAUUUCAUGGAGGAAGCGGUUGAAGAGAUCCCAGAAUACGUUGUUCCCUGGGAAGCUUUCCGAUACCUCACUACAGAGUACAAUCUAGAACUUGUCUACCGAAAGCCAUUCCUUGAGAUCUGGCAUGAAGAGAAAGACGACCCCGAACUUGGGCCCUUGAGUGAGCGGAUGGGUGUUCGUGCUCGUGGAAGCGGAGAACUUCUCGUCAGCGAAGAGGAGCUCGACGCAGCUAGCUUUUAUCAUGCUUUCGUCUUCCAAAAGGCUCGUCGCUCACGAAGGGCAGAAGACACCGAAGCCACACCCACCCCAUCAGUAGCAGCAGCAACAACAACAUCUCGAAACCGGCCUCGAACACCCGAAUACGAACCCCUCUGCACCCCACUAAACGCCAAAGCACAACGCUCACUCGCGUCCCUACAUGCGGCGACACAUUUCCGAUUGCUGAAGGAACAUAUUCGUCAAGCGGGGGACAAAAUAACCGAGACAGCGGGCGAGGCCAAUGAGCAUGCGACUGAUGCACGGUACCGGUUUGAGAAGAGCUCGAGUCGGAGGAAGAGUGCGGCGAAGAAGAAGAGGAAACGGGAGAAGAAGACUAAGAAUGAGGAUGAGAUAGAAGAUGACGAAGAAGAAAACGAAGAAAGAAGAGAAGAACAACGAAAACUGGAAAUUUUAGAAGCAAAAGUGAACCUGAUCACGGCAAAACUCGAGGAGAAAAUGCGUCGUGUCGUUGAUGCAGAGUAUAAAGUGAGUGGAUUACAGGUUGCGAUUCAGGAAAUCGCCACGGACGCGGAGACGGCUGGCGCAGCGCUCAAUACAUCUCGUAGGAGAGCGAGGCUGAGGCAGAGAGGUGCUGUUGACGACGAUGAAGAUGAGGAUAUGGACGGAAAUGAGGACGAGGAAGAAGAGGAUGUGCCGCCGGCGGUUGUGCCUAGUCAGAUGAUAAAGGAGAGACUUGUUGGACAUGAGAGUCAAUGGGAGCAACAAUCCCUAACUCAAAGAUACACGAACAACAACGCCUACGUGGGAUUCUAUCGCAUCGUCCACGAUGCUAAACAACCCGGCAACGAAACACCCCCCGUCCCCCAUCCAUCAACAUGGUUCAACCAUCUCGAACCGAACAGGCGACCUGAUACCUCCCGUCAACAAUCUACAGCAGCGAUCCCUACCAACGAUGAAGACGACAACAUGGAAGAAGACGAAGAAAUCGAAAUCGAGAAAGAACGCAUCUCCCUGAAAUGUCCCUUAACGCUCGUCACAUUCGAAGAUCCAGUGAAAAGCACCAAGUGCAUACACAGCUUUGAGCGCAAGGCGAUCGAGGAUAUGAUCCGGGCUAGUUCUAUGACGAUACCUGCAGGUGAGACCGAUUUUCAGGGUGGAGGGGGCCGGAAUGCGCGUGCUCGUCGGGUUCGUGCAGUGCCUUGUCCGGUAUGCUCGGUGCCUAUGUCGUUGAAUGAUCUCGAGCCGAAUUUUGUGCUUGUUAGACGUGUGCGGCGCAUGCGCGCUGCUGAACUUCGAGAGCAGGAAGAUGCUGAACUUGGUAGUGGGCGUCGGAAUCGGAAUGGCGUUAUGAUUGAUUCUGACGCUGAAGGAGAAGAAGAAGACGAUGAUGAUGAUACCCGCUCGGAGAUGCAGCAGAAGGAAGAAGAGGUCGGGAUCAAGUGGGAGAGGCCAAGAUCGUCGUCUAGGGCGCUCACCGCUGUCGCGGGAAAUGAUGAGGAGGAUGAUGAAAUGGAGGAUGUCAAUAACGAUGAUGACGACGAUGAAGAUGCUGAGGAGGAGGAGGAGGAGGAGGAGGAGGAGGAAGAUGAAGAUGACGACGAGUAG